AUGGCACUUUCUGUUGUUAAGGGGAGACUUGAAAGGGUGCUAGACAAAAAUUUGCAGGAUCUUGUUCGGGGGAUUAGAAAACAUGGCGUGGAUGAGAAUAAGUACAUCGGUGACUGCCUGGAUGAAAUCAAAAAUGAACUGAAACAAGGCUCUUUUUCUGUCAAGGCGAACGCCAUAAGCAAACUUAUUUAUAUACAAAUGCUUGGCUAUGAUAUAAGCUGGUCUGUGUUCAAUAUCGUGGAAGUUAUGAGUUCUCAGAAAUUUACUUUCAAAAGGAUAGGUUAUUUGGCUGCUUCUCAAAACUUCCAUUCUGGCACAGAUGUCCUCAUGCUGGCUACAAAUCUUAUUCGCAAGGACUUAACAAGCACCAAUUUGUAUGACGCUGGGAUCGCGUUAUCUGGUGUCGCUUGUUUUAUUAAUUCAGAUCUAGCAACGGACCUAUACCCUGACAUUCUAAGCCUAAUGAAUUCCCCUAAACCGUAUUUAAGAAAGAAAGCUGUAUUACUACUGUACAAGGUUUUCCUGAAUUACCCAGAAGCACUUCCUAUUUGUUUCCCACAACUGAGAGAUAAACUUGAUGAUUCAGAUCCAGGGGUACAAUCAGCUGCUGUCAAUGUUAUAUGCGAAUUGGCUCGUAAAAAUCCGAAAAAUUACCUCUCUCUUUCACCUAUAUUUUUUAAACUGAUGACAACAUCAUCUAAUAAUUGGGUUCUCAUUAAAAUUAUUAAACUGUUUGGUACGUUAACACCUUUGGAACCAAGAUUAGGUAAAAAGUUAAUUGGACCUUUAACCAAUUUAAUUCACAGUACAUCAGCAAUGUCCCUGUUAUAUGAAUGCAUAAAUACAGUCGUUGCAGUGCUCAUUUCAAUAUCUUCUGGAAUUCCUAGUCACCAAGCGUCGAUACAGUUAUGUGUUCAAAAACUACGCAUUUUAAUUGAAGACUCAGAUCAAAACUUAAAAUAUCUAGGAUUAUUAGCAAUGCGAAAAAUUCUCUUGUAUCAUCCACAAAGUGUUCAACCGCAUAAAGAUUUAAUAUUAAGUUGCCUGGAUGAUAAAGAUGAGUCGAUCAGACUACGUGCAUUGGAUCUACUGCAUGGAAUGGUUUCAAAAACAAAUUUAACUGAUAUUGUUAAACACUUGAUGAUACAUAUUGCCAACACCUCAUCUGGUACACAUUAUCGUAAUGAAUUGUUGAAUAAAGUUGUGUAUAUAUGCUCACAGGAUAAUUAUCAUUAUAUUGCUUCCUUUGAAUGGUAUGUUACUGUACUCGUAGAACUAGCCAGCAUUGAUGGUAUUCGAAAUGGUGAAUUGUUAGCAGCUCAACUUAUGGAUGUUGGAAUACGUGUACCGGCUGUUAGGACAUUUUGUGUUGAACAAAUGGCAAUAUUACUUGAUUUAAGUCAAUCGUUAACAAAUGGUGCAAAACAAAACGCUAUACAGGAGACACUUCGUGCAGCAGCAUGGAUCUGUGGUGAAUAUGCAAAUAGUCUAACCAAUCCAGAACAAACCUUAAAUUCAAUUAUUUCAAUUGCACUUGAAAUACCCGGAUUAUCUUGUUCAAUUCAAGCUAUCCUCUUAUUUAAUGCUUUUAAAAUAUACACUGUUGUUGUGAAAAAUGCGACAAAACAAGCAUUUCAAAGUAUAUCUACUUCAUCUGUAAACAAUAUCGUCAACAAUAACGAUGAUGGUGAUGAGUCUGUGAAACAAAUAGACGAUCUAAAAAUUCUACAACAGUUAAUCAACCAUCUUAUAGAAUUAACAAAUUCUCUUAUGAAUAAAUUUUUCCAGUAUUUUCAUUCAUCUGAUAUAGAAGUUCAAGAACGUGCUGUAUCAAUUCAUCAAAUUUUGAACCUCAUCUUAAAACGUUUGACUAAGAUUCAGUCUUUCUUAACCAAUUCAUCGUCCUCUGAUCCACCGCCUGCCAUCUCAAACAACAAUUCUUCUCCGUCUACAUAUAAUCAUAAGUUAUCGCAUAAUGCAGAGAGUUGUAGUCCUCAGUUACAAUUAUUAAAUCCCACUGCUGCUGCUACUCCUGAUAACACUCCUAAAGCGAACACAACAUCAUCAUCAAGUGACAAUAAUAAUGAUGACGCUGCGUCAACGAAUUCACAACCCAGCUCAAUCCAACAGGAAACUUUCAAUGCAUUCCCGCCUACUACAUCAUUAUCACCAAGUUUACUGCUUAGCUUAAUUCAGUCGAUUGUUGAUGAAUUGAAUGCACUAUUCGCUGGUGAAAUUAUUCCUGUUGCACCGAAAGCCCAGAAAAGAGUGCCGAUUCCUGAAGGUUUAGAUUUAAAUGCUUGGAUUAAUCCACCAGCGCCAGUUUGUAAACCACACUGGACCAGCACUAUAGAUUUUGUUGGGAAGUCUGUAAACGACGAUCAUUCAUUGCAUUCAAUGAACAACGAAUCACGUUACAACUCAGAAGGUGGUGGUGGUGGCGGCGGUGAUAUAUUCACUGAUCUACAAGAUUCUAAGCCUUCAACUGUAAAGUUAACACCUGAACAAUUAGAUGAACUACGGUCUAAACGAUUGGAAAGGCAACAGAAUAAUCCUAAUUAUUUGAAACCAAAGGAGAAAAAAGAGAAGAACAACAACGAUGCUUCCCAGUCUGAAAAUUCUUUCACAGAACAAAAUCGAGAUGUAGAUAACAGUGAUGUAAAUGAAUCUACAAAAUCGAUUGAUUCAUCAUCAUCAUCAUCACAACACUUACAAAAACCAAAUAGUGGACGUACACUAGCUACAUCGGAUCAGUUUGUCGCUGAAAUACGUAAACGAUUUCAAACAGUCGCUUUGAAUGAUGAUCGUAAAUUAAGAUCAACAGGCGAUAAAUCGAAGAAGGUACGCAAGAAAAAACACCUUGUUCCAUCACCACCGCCGUCAUCAUCACCACCACCACUACCAUCAUCCUUAUCAAUAGAUUCAAAGAGAAUGUCUCAAGAAGAAAAUGACAAGAAUCAUAUCAUGAAUAAACUGGCUUCACAUGUUGUUGUACGCUGUGAAUAUGAUAUGCCUGAGGGAGUAACUGUUGACAAUGAAUCACUCACUGAUCCUGAAGAUAUCAACGAUCCACACCAUCGAUUGAAUAUUGUAUUAGAUAAUUUUAUUACACAAGACAAUAAUAAACUAAACGCCUCCAGCACACCAUGUCAACGUGCUAAAAAGCGUCAAGUGACGCAUAAAACUGCUUCAAAGAAGUCGUCGAAAUUGUCGUCCAAAAAUAACAAAGUGGACAAGAUAUCAAGAGAAGAUAUCAACAGCCAGUCUAUGAAUGAAUCCAACUGUACAGAGAAUGUCAAUUCCAGUAAACUUUUAGAUUAUAGCGAUGCGACAACAUGUCGUUCUGGAUAUGUUGCCUUCGAUGAUUCAGACAGUACAAUAAAACAACAACGAAGUAAAAAAUCAUCGAAGACCGCACCCUCUAAAACAUCAUUAUCAGAUAAUAAAAGUGGAGAAAAUAAUCAUCAAUCCCUUGUUCAUCCGAAAUCCUCUGUUCAACAGCAACAACAACAACACUCUAGCAGUGAAUUAAUCCCGAAUACUGUUUCAACGCUGUCAUCUACUACUACUACUACUACUACUACACCUCAAUAUUGUAUACCAUUAACAAUGAUGACUAGUGAUCAAUUUGCUGCACUUUUAUCCAGUGGUCAACUCAAUGCAUUCCAAUCUACGAAAAUUCAAUGUCCUAAUUUAUUAUCAGUUAGUCGGCGUGAAUCACAGAUGCUGUCUGAUUCACCCUCGGUGGCAGUAGUAACAAACAACAACACAAAGAAGAUUUUCUCACAAAUUAUAUCAUUUCUUAAAGAAAACGUUCCAUGUUCAAGUAAGCUAAUUGUGAUGUGUGCUGAAAAAUACAUUCUAUGA